CAGCACAUCCGUCUCCGCAGCCUCCCGCGCUCCGCAAACCCCGUCACAAUGUCCGGCUUCGCGAACACCGUCUACAACGCCAUCAUCAGGAGCAACAUCACGCUCCUCGGCACCGUUUUCGUUUCCGCCUUCGGCAUGCAGCUGGCUUUCGACCAGGGCUCCGAGCGCAUCUGGAACAACAUCAACAAGGGCCGCCAAUGGAAGGACAUCAAGCACCAGUACGUCGAGGCGGCCGAGGACGACGAGUAGAGGGCAUUUGGGAGCUGGAGCAGACAUGACA